CACCAGGAUCACUGAGCUGCUGAGCGGAGAGGUUCCUAUAAGGUGUCAGGAUGUCGCUGUCUAUUUCUCCAUGGAGGAGUGGGAGUAUUUAGAAGAACACAAGGAUCUGUACAAGGACGUCAUGAUGAAGAAUCACCAGUCCCUCACAUCACCGGAUGGAUCCAGUCAGAGAAAUCCACCAGAGAGAUGUCCCAGUCCUCAGUAUUCCCAGGUCUGUCCAGGGGAGAAACCAAAUAUCCCACUGGAUCAUCAGGAAAGUUCUGGUGAAACGACAAGUGGACUUAAAAACCCCACCUCAGUAUCUGUGAAGGUGGAAGACGGGAUGAGCGACUUCUAUAGACAUCUCCAUUUAUCUUCCCAUCAUGAAGCAGAAGAUAACAAUACCACACAAGAUGAUUCAUUAACUCCUAAUGUACCCUCAGUCCUUCACAGCAGAGAUCUAUCCACUGAUACCGCUGGUCACAAGAAACCUUCAUCUAAGCAAUUACUGAUUGGUAAAACAAGAACUAAGCAGAAAUGUGGGAACAUUUUUUCUAGUGAGAAACGUUGUAAAAAGAAAUCUAAUAUUUUUUUGCAUGAGAGCAAUUGCAUAGAUUGCGGGUCAUUUUCAUGCUCAGAAUGUGAAAAAUCUUUUAGCAUGAAAUCCAUUCUAGUUAGACAUCAGAGAACUCACACAGGGGUGAAGCCAUAUUCAUGUCCUGAAUGUGGGAAAUCCUUUAAUCGGCAAUCAAGUUUUAUUCAGCAUCAGAGAACUCACACAGGGGAGAAACCAUUUUCAUGUCUUGAAUGUGGAAAGUGCUUUAGUGAUAAAUCAAAUCUUGUUGUACAUCAGAGAACUCACACAGGGGAGAAGCCAUUUUCAUGUACUGAAUGUGGAAAGUGCUUUAUUAAGAAAUCAAAUCUUGUUGCACAUCAGAGAACUCAUACAGGGGAGAAACCAUAUUCAUGUCUUAAGUGUGGGAAAUGCUUUAAUAAGCAAUCAAGUUUUAAUCUGCAUCAGAUAACUCACACAGGGGAGAAGCCAUAUUCAUGUCCUGAAUGUGGGAAAUGCUUUAAUCAGCAAUCAAGUUUUAUUGAGCAUCAGAGAACUCACACAGGGGAGAAGCCAUAUUCAUGUCCUGAAUGUGGGAAAUGCUUUACUCAGCAAUCAACUUUUAUUCAGCAUCAGAGAACUCACACAGGGGAGAAGCCAUAUUCAUGUCCUGAAUGUGGGAAAUGCUUUACUCAGCAAUCAACUUUUAUUCAGCAUCAGAGAACUCACACAGGGGAGAAACCAUUUUCAUGUCUUGAAUGUGGAAAGUGCUUUCGUUAUAAAUCAAAUCUUGUUGGACAUCAGAGAACUCACACAGGGGAGAAGCCAUUUUCAUGUCUUGAAUGUGGAAAGUGCUUUAGUUAUAAAUCAAGUUUUAUUCAGCAUCAGAGAACUCACACAGGGGAGAAGCCAUAUUCAUGUCCUGAAUGUGGGAAAUGCUUUAAUAAGCAAUCAAGUUUUAAUCUGCAUCAGAGAACUCACACAGGGGAGAAGCCAUUUUCAUGUCUUGAAUGUGGAAAGUGCUUUAGUCGGAAAUCGCAUCUUGUUUCACAUCAGAGAACUCACAUAGGGGAGAAGCCAUUUUCAUGUCUUGAAUGUGGAAAAUCUUUUAAUCAUAAAAUCAAUCUAGUUGCACAUCAGAGAACUCAUACAGGGGAGAAGCCAUAUUCAUGUCCUGAGUGUGGGAAAUGCUUUAAUCAGCAAUCAAGUUUUAAUCUGCAUCAGAGAACUCACACGGGGGAGAAGCCAUUUUCAUGUCUUGAAUGUGGAAAGUGCUUUAGUCGGAAAUCAAAUCUUGUUGCACAUCAGACAACUCAUACAGGGGAGAAGCCAUAUUCAUGUCUUAAGUGUGGGAAAUGCUUUAAUCAGCAAUCAAGUUUGUAUCUGCAUCAGAGAACUCACACAGGGGAGAAGCCAUUUUCAUGUCUUGAAUGUGGAAAGUGCUUUAGUCGGAAAUCGCAUCUUGUUAUACAUCAGAGAACUCACACGGGGGAGAAGCCAUUUUCAUGUCUUGAAUGUGGAAAAUCUUUUAAUCAUAAAAUCAAUCUAGUUGCACAUCAGAGAACUCAUACAGGGGAGAAGCCAUAUUCAUGUCCUGAGUGUGGGAAAUGCUUUAGUCAGCAAUCAAGUUUUAAUCAGCAUCAGAGAAUUCACACAGGGGAGAAGCCAUUUUCAUGUCUUGAAUGUGGAAAGUGCUUUAAUAAUAAAUCAUAUCUUGCUAAACAUGAGAUAACUCACACAGGGGAGACGCCAUUUUCAUGUUUUGAAUGUGGGAAGUCUUUUAAUCAGAAAUCAAAUCUUGCUAGACACCAGAAAAUUCACUUAGAAGAGAAGCCAUUGUAAUGCUCAGAUUGUAAGAGAUGUGGAGCUUCAUUGUAAGACCUGCUGCCUAAUCAUGUCUUCUGUAUAACUUAAAACGGUUGUCCAGUUUCCCAUAUUAAUGACCUAUCCUCAGGAAAGUGAGUUGACCAGUAUGCACCGACAUUGAGAACAUGUAGAAGAGAUCUAGGAACAGACUUCAGUCGAGACAUGCUUGAAUUUGAUCGAUAGCGUGCCCAGUACUGACAGAUUGCAGAAGGAGAGACAUUGCUACUCUCUCCCUGUUAACUGUGCAUGGCUCCAGAGGCAGGGUAUCAUGGACAUCUUUGCAUGCGAUCAAACCCCUUCCACCAUCAAUCAGACAGCAUACUUGCUAAACGGUUAAAAGGAACUCUAUUGGCAAUAUUGAACCUAUGAGGUCUGGACUAAAGGAAAUGCAGCCAGUAGGGAUGCUGUAUGUGGUCCUGAAGCAAAGUGAGCCAGGCUCGGACUGGCCCACAGAGGUACAGGUAAAUCCACCGGUGGGCCCCUGAGCAAGGUGGGCCCCUAGUCUUCCACCCCUUGCACAAUUGGCACAUAACACAGUAGACUUGCUGCACUACAUCCAUAUAUUCAAUGUACAGCACCUCAUCCAGCUUAUGUUCAUGUAACAUACUUCAUAGAUAAUUAAAUAAACUCCCCAGUUUAUUAUUAGAGACAGGAUCAGAUAGCUGAGAUGUCUUCUAGGUGUAGAGGAAAGCUAGCCAGAAUCCUCUUUUCCCCAGGACCUACCUUCUCAAAGUUGAUGCAGGGACCCCCAUAUUCAAGCAUCUGGUAGCAUCUUGCUGCUGUGUGAGAAGGUAAUAUUUGAAUGUAUCCGUACGGUGGACCCCAGGCACCCCAGUCCGACAUUGAACUGUGCGUACACUAUAAACCCCCCUAAUGUGUUGAUUGCUGCUAAAUGCAGUGUCAUCGUGGCCAUAACAGUAGACAGUUACAAAUAUUUGUGCUGGAUGUGAUUUGUCAGUUGCUACUUGAAAUUUGGAUAUGAUCCCUAGAGCUGAAGAUGAGGAGAAGAUAGCCCAAGAGUGUUCUCUCCAUCUGAAUACAUCCUCUACUAAUGGGGGAUAUUACUGGUGUAAUAUGGGUCACAUUUCACUUCUAAUCUUUCAUAAAAUAUACUUACAUUUUCAACCUAACAUGGAAAUUCAUUUGCUGAGUUGCAAUCUACUACCAUGAAAUGGACAAACUCUAGGAUUCAGUUUGCCUAUUAAUGUGCCUUAUAGUGUGGAUUGUUCGCUAUUAAUAAUAGAGUUUCACUCUGCAUUAAUCAUCCUGUUCUCUUCCUACGGCAUAAUAUCAUAAUAGGCAGCACGGUGGCUCAGUGGUUAGCACUGGUGCCUUACAGAGCUGGGAUCCCAAGGACAACAACUGCAUGGAGAUUGUAAGUUCUCCCCGUGUUUGCGUGGGUUUCCUCUGGGUAAAGCGUGAUGAUAAUUUCUGUAAAGCACUGUGGAAUAUAGUAGCGCUAUAUAAGUGCAUAAAAUAAAUAAUUAUGUAUAAUA